ACAUGGUAAAAAAAUAAAAACGACAAUUUUAUAAAGCGUUUGAGAUUCCCUUUAAAUCUGGUUUCGCCUGCCUGACAGUUGCUGCGUUCUUGGCAUUCCCUCACUCUACAACCGAUUCGCGUUGUCGUUCAAUUUUGCCACUUUGAUUUCAGUCGCCCAUUGCUCGCAUUCGUUUCUGGUACGUAUUGUACCCCGUCUAGCCCAGUAGGCCCGAGUGUGUGUGUUUGUGUGUGAGUGGGUUCAGUCAACCCACUGACAGCGGCGGGCCCCCGCUAAAAUAAUGCAAAGUGUGUAAAAUAUUGGCUUUAAAAAAAUCAAGCACGCGCGUUUUAUGCAAUUCUGACGUGUUUUUUAACAAAAAAGUGAACAAAAAUAAAUGUACAUAUAUUGUUUGAUUUUUGCAAAAACAAAUACGUAACAGCGACAGCGGCGUUGCUGCUGGGCGCGUGUGUGUGUGAGCAUAGGAGCUGUGUGCAAGUGUUGAUGUGAGCGUGCCAAAGAAAGAGAGGCAGAGCGAGCGACCGAGUGAUAACUGCAUGCCGCUCUCUCCUUCUCGCUCUCUCUCUUCGAGGGGACUUGUUGCUGUCGUCGCUGGCGACCGUUGCAGACAGAAGCCGUAGUUGAGUUCAAGUGACGACGUCGCACUGAGAACGAGCAAAAACAAAAACAAUAACAAAUACAUAACGUUUUUGAUUGAUAUAAAUGAAUAUGCAGCGACAGAGUCGCAACUGAAAAAAUCACUUUAAUGUGCAAGUGUUCGCCGUUACGUCUUUAAUUGGCGCGCAGCAUCAAAUACACAAACACACACAUAUACACAAUGAAUAUCAAAACAACAACAGUAAGGCUGGCAAUUAUGCGACCGCAAGCCGCUUAAGUGCAAUAGUAAAAAAAAUAAUAAUAAUAAAAAAACCAAAGCAAAACAAAGAAACAGCAAUAAGAAAUAGUGGUGAGCAAGUGUGUAAAAUACGAUUUGAGUGCCAAAAAAAAAUAAAAAAAAUAGCGGCAACAACUUUCAAUUAUAAAGACGAACCAUGAAAAAAGCACAAAUAGGAAGGAAAUCAACAAGUGUGUGACGCUCUGCUCGUGCGUCUGCUCUGCUUCGCUUUCAUUCAUGCGGUCAACUAGAGUCAACAGCCAUAACAACAGCAGCAGUGGCAGCGGCAGCUAAAGUGCGCCCGAUAAAAAUCAAAAGCAAUAGCAAAAACAAAAGUAACUGCAGCAAAUAACAGCAGCAGCAACAACAACUGUUACUUCCAACGGCGAGCUUUCAAUUGCUAAGCAUGACUCGCACAUGAUUGUAAAUCGUAUUCGAUAAGAACGGGCACUCGUUCAUUAUGAAGCACCCCCAAGAUCUGACAAUUACCGAUGGACAUCAGCUAAUGGAGAUUAAUAAAGUGGAGCAAAUGGAACAGGAGCUCAACGAGCACGAAUCGGCGGAAAGUCAACUAAUGCAUGCGGAGGCGCUGCCUGUGGGUCAUCCCGCUGGCUCGCCGAUUGGCAAUGCCCUCAGUCCCAAUGGCGUUGGGCUCGGCCUUAGCAACAGCAGCAAUCAGAGCAGCGAGAAUUUUACGCUCUGCAAUGGCAACAGCAACGCCAGCAACAACAACAAUAACAACAACAUGUACUCACCUAACAAUAACAACAACAACAAUGGCAGCAACAGCCAACAGCAGCAGCAGCAACAACAGCAACAACAGCAGCAGCAACAGCAGCAACAACAACAACAGCAGCAGCAGCAGCAACAACAACAACAACAACAACAGCAAUCGCCCACAGUAUGCGCAAUUUGUGGGGAUCGGGCAACGGGCAAGCAUUAUGGCGCCUCCAGCUGCGACGGCUGCAAAGGCUUCUUCAGGCGCAGCGUGCGCAAAAAUCAUCAGUAUACUUGCAGAUUCUCGCGCAACUGCGUCGUGGACAAGGAUAAGCGCAAUCAAUGUCGCUAUUGUCGUCUGCGCAAAUGUUUCAAGGCGGGCAUGAAAAAGGAGGCGGUUCAAAAUGAACGCGAUCGGAUUAGCUGCCGACGCACCUCCAACGAUGAUCCCGAUCCGGGCAAUGGUUUAUCUGUUGUCUCGCUGGUCAAAGCGGAGAAUGAAUCACGCCAGUCGAAGGCUGGAGCCGCCAUGGAGCCCAACAUAAAUGAGGAUCUCUCGACGAAACAAUUUGCCAGCAUCAACGAUGUGUGCGAGUCCAUGAAACAGCAGCUGCUCACCCUAGUCGAGUGGGCCAAACAGAUACCGGCCUUCAAUGAACUUCAGCUGGACGAUCAGGUGGCGCUGCUGCGCGCCCAUGCGGGUGAACAUUUGCUGUUGGGCCUCUCGCGUCGCUCCAUGCAUCUGAAGGAUGUGCUGCUGCUCAGCAAUAACUGUGUCAUCACCAGGCAUUGUCCAGGUAAGACAAAACCCAAUAAGCUUGUUCGUUUCCCUAGCUUAUUCUCUCUCUCUCUCUCCCUCUCUUAUCUACCUCCAAUCGCAGAUCCACAUGUCUCGCCCAAUUUGGAUAUAUCGCGUAUUGGAGCGCGCAUCAUUGAUGAACUGGUGGUUGUUAUGAAGGAUGUUGGCAUCGAUGAUACCGAAUUUGCCUGCAUUAAGGCAUUGGUCUUCUUUGAUCCCAAUGCCAAGGGCCUCAAUGAGCCGCAUCGCAUCAAAUCCUUGCGCCAUCAGAUACUCAACAAUCUGGAGGAUUACAUUUCAGACCGACAAUAUGAGUCGCGUGGUCGCUUUGGCGAGAUCCUGCUCAUCCUGCCGGUGCUGCAGUCGAUUACCUGGCAGAUGAUCGAACAAAUACAAUUUGCCAAAAUCUUUGGUGUGGCGCACAUCGACUCGCUGCUGCAGGAGAUGCUGCUGGGUGGUGAGCUGGCGGACAAUUCGCUGCCGCUGUCGCCGCCCAAUCAGUCCAACGACUACCAAAGUCCUACGCAUGUCGGCAAUCUGGAUGGCAGCCAGGUGAGCUCCACACUGGACACUUUGGCCACAGCCAGCAGUGGCUCGCAUGGCCUGGAUCUGGACGUGCAGCAUAUACAGGCGCUCAUCGAAGCCAACAAUGCGGAGGAUACAUUCCGCGCCUAUGCGGCCAGCAACGCGGCAACGGCUGCCGCUGCCGUUGCUGCUGCCACGCCCUCGGCUGCAGUAACGCCCCCAUUAAGCAGCGCCGCCUGCAGUCCCAAGUCACAGGAGAACGUCUACAUGGAUGCAACGGCGGCCCGUCAAUACAAUGUGCAGCACAAGAGUCAGCUAAUGCACAGUCCGCAGAGAGUGCAUCCCUACCAAAGAGUGGCCUCAUCGCCGGUCGAUGCCGGCCUGGGCAUGCGCAAUCCGGCUGAUAUAACGCUUAACGAAUACAAUCGCAGCGAGGGCAGCAGCGCUGACGAGAUGUUGCGUCGCACGCCCCUUAAAAUACGCGCGCCGGAACUGCUGACGCCCACCUAUGUGAUGGAGCCAUGUCGCAUGACGCUCAAACAGGAGCCCGAAACGGGCUAUUAACUGGUGCAAUAAUCUUAGAUACACACAUACACUACUCUACUAUCCUACCCUACUGUCUCCUCCCCAUCACACCUCUACAGGCCCCGUCUUGCUAGCUGCUAAGUGCUAAAAAAAUCAAAACACAAAAACUUACUUAAUUGUUAUUGCCUUGAACUUUUUGAUACCGUUUUUAUUAGACUUUAAGUAGGUAUUUUGGAAAUUGUUGCUUAAUUUGUAAAACACGCAAUUGCAAUCUAUUUUUAUAUUUUCUUAUGAUUUUUUUUGAGCUGAAAUGAAAAAGAAAAUCAAGUCAAAGGAUUUGCUCUAAAGUUUAUACUAAACAUAGCACGUACUGUUGUCAGUUUGUUGGUUAUCUUUAUUAUACAUAUUAUGCAGAUAUAUGUAUAUAUAUGCAAUACUUUGUUUUAGGUUAGGGUGUUGUUUAGUAGUAUAAAAUAUAUAAGUACGUUUAAACGAUAGUUGAUGAAAAAUUGAAGAACUAUUUUUAUAUGAAUAUAUAUACUGUAUGUAUAAAAUACAAAAUAAUUUAAAGUGGCUGAGUGAAUAAAAAAAACAAGAGAAAACAAGUAUUGUACACAAAUUUUAAAAACUAUCGUUUUUAUGUGAUUAAACUAUUAAUUUUAUACUUUGGUUUAUAUGAGAUAACAUUUUCUCUUUAUAACGAAAUGUUGAUUACACUUGUUUGAAUCACGAAACAGUCGCGCGCAAGUUACCGCAAUUAACAUUUAUUAAUAUAUCGAAAUAAGAACUGUUCAUUUAUCGAUAUUAAUCUAAAUCUUAACAUUUAAAGAGAGGAGCAAACAAGUAACAUAUCGAUAUAAAGUUCGACUAUCGAUGAUUUGACACAGAACUCUCAGCUGACGAACAGCCCAGCACUAUUAUUUAAUGUCAUUUCAUUUUUCGUUGUGCGCAAUAAAGUGGGCUGCUAGCAGACAAGAAAAGCAAAUAAUAUCUGCUAAAGCAGAAACAGAAGCUUGUAAAAAUUGCUAAAACUUGUAAAUUUUGUUAACAAUUUAUAACUCCUUAUAAAAUACAAAAAUAAUCUACAAAAUACAUAGUGCAAAAGGCAAAGGCUA